UACAACAUGGCGACUGGGUUACUAGUCUGGAAACCAUGAACUUUUUCGAGGAUUUUAACAGCUUUUAAGACCAACUAAAAAGCUUUUCACCUACGAGACACAUUUAUAAGGGAAUAGAGAAAUGAUUCGAGAGUUUGGGUUGGAAUUUUAUCACCUUUUUUGGAUUCUUUGUAACGAAGUUUAGCGAGUCUUCAACUGCACAACACUACGAAGAAAAAUCAUAAAGUCRAAUUAAAACAACUUUACGAAGUGGCAGAGCUGCAAGAGUUCGGAUAUUUUGAUCUAAAUAGAUAUUUUUCAGUUAGACAACUCGUUUUAAGUAAGAAGAAGCCCUUGGUUAUUUUUUUAAACAAUGAAUCGUGAAGAAAGACUUGAGCGAACGAUGUCAAUGGCUCAGAAUAAAGGACUGUUGAAUAAUCCUGGUCAAAACAACUGCUUCUUAAACUCAGCCGUCCAGGUGUUUUGGCAUUUAGAUGUGUUCAGGAGGAGUUUCCGUGAAAUCAAGGGUCAUUUCUGUAUGGGAAAGAGCUGCAUAUUUUGUGCCUUACAGAACAUAUUUAAAGAUUUUCAGUACAGCAAUAAUGAUGCUCUACCUCCAGAUGCUCUCAGAAUCGCUAUGGCUAACACCUUCAAAGACCAGCGCAAGUUCCAAAUGGGUGACAUGGAUGAUGCUGCUGAAUGCUUUGAAACUAUCCUAUCCCGCAUGCAUUUCCACUUAGCUAUGGAUGAAACUGAUGAUGGCUGUAAUGCACAGCACUGCAUAACCCACCAGAAGUUUGCCAUGCAGAUCAUAGAACAGACUGUGUGUCCUUGUGGUGAGCAAUCAGAACCACUUCCAUUCUUCCAGACAGUUCAUUAUGUGUCAGCAUCAGCGUUAUGCGCCAAAGCAAGAAGGAUCGAGAAGUUUCUAGGUGAAGAAUAUAAUCAUACCAAACACUUUGGUACAUUAUUAAGAAUGACUGGAGAAGACACUAGGGAUUGUGCUAGUCCUGAAUGUGAUGAGAAUAUAAGAGUUCAACGAUCAUUACUCAACUGCCCAGAAAUAGUGAGUGUUGGUCUCAACUGGGAUUCAGAGUCACCUGAAGCAGAUCAUAUAGCAGAAGUAUUACAGUGUAUUGGUACAACCUUAAAAUUACCAUAUCUGUUUCAUCAUGUGUACAAUGCUCAUCGAGCGUCCCUCAACCUGGUUGGCAUAGUAACAUACUACGGCAAGCACUACUCGACAUUCGUCUUUCACAGUAAACUAAAAACAUGGAUAUACUUCGAUGAUGCCCGAGUGCAAGAGAUCGGUCCUGAUUGGUCAGUCAUACAAGAGAAGUGUCGUCGCUGUCAUUACCAGCCCCUAUUACUACUAUACGCCAACCCUAACGGAACACCCGUCAAUACUUCCACCGCUCCGCAAGAAAAAGUACUAAUCAACAACGGUACCUUUGUCCGAACGCCCGACUCACGCCCGAAGAGCAGACGACUGAGCUCCGAAUUUUUCCGAUAUAAUGGCGAGCGUGUUCGGCCGCGGAAGAGGCACUCGAGUAAUUGUGAAAAUAAUAUAUGUAGAACUGAUUCAGAGAGUAAUAUGAGCACUUUGAAGUCUGAAAAGAGGUUGUCAACUUCUGAAGGGAACGAUGAUACUUUGAAAGCACGUGAUAAUCACACUAGUGUUCAUCCCACGUGGCUUGAUGAUGAGAGCGGUACGUUAAAAGCAAAUGACAGCUCCGAUAAUCAAAGGUCUCGGAGAACCGACAGCAAGACGAUAAAAGACGAGAAGUCCCCGAGAUCUCGACGAAGUAAGUCGUGUGAUACGUUAGACGAUGGUACUUUGCGCAAGAAGCCUAGCUUGACGCGCAUGAAUAGUACUGGGUCUGACGUGACGGAGACACUCAAAAGAAAAAAGCGAGCGAGUAUUGGUAAAGACAAACAGAAGAAGACAGGACUGAGAAGGAUAGGGAGUGCGAUUAUACAGGCUAUGAAGCCAGCUACUGCUAUUACACAUAUCAAGACAUCCAGGAAGAAGAAUAAGGACAGACGACCUUCUGAUGCUUCGACUGUGUCGAAUGGAGAACGAGGGUCCAUGGAGUUGAGCUCAAACCCGGACGCCACCAUAACUCAACAAGACCUACUACGCCUAUACGAGCAGGCCCAAUCAGAUGAUUACUUAUGGUCCCCCAGCCAUGACAGUGGUAUUGGAUCAGCUACGGGGUCAGUCAGCUCUAAUGACACCAACCAUGGGGGUAGUGACGAGGAUCUGGUCGAGUACAGCCACACCCUGUACGCCCUCAGGAAUGGAGGACAUAAACCAAAAUCAUCUUCCAAUAGAAUGAAUAAAAGUCGGACUUCGGAGGAAUGUGAAGUCCUUUUACAGCAAGGUGAUAACAUGGUUCUACAGUCUCAAAACGCAGAGAAUUCUCGUGAUUACAAGUCAGCUUUACGCUUUUGCGCCGAGGCGGCAACAUCAUUUCGCAAGGCAACAGAGAUAUCUGGAAUGUCAAGCAAUAAUGGCAAAUACGCAGUCAUCAAAAAGGAUCAAUGCCAAUUAAAGAUCAGACAACUGAGACAGAAGAUCGAAGCCGUGUCUAAUGUAGACAAUAUGCCCAAACUCGCUAAACGAGAAGACGACGAAGUUCUUCGCCAACAGAGGAUUAGAGACGAGAUGAUCUUAAAACAACAGCAGCAGAAUCACGCGCAAUAUGGUACAUUACGUAAUCAACCUACCCUACACAAAGUGUCCCCUUCCAGCGCUACUCUACUUCAUUCAAGACAGGAUUCAUCUCCUAAACUAGAUCCUCGGAUCAACCAGGAAUACCACUCACUCAAAGACCCCAUGUCAUGUACUCUUCCCAUCAAACCCAAACGAGUAUCUUCAAAUCACUACUCGAAUAAAAUAAACCCAUCAAGAAAUGAAUGUACUCAGAAGAUCAAACCAGACUCUAUGUGUUACAGCCCCACCCAUUAUGAUGACAUGACGGGCAGGAUGAUGGGGCUUAGUAUCCACCAACCCACCCAUAUCAAUGGAUAUUCACCCUCUGAAAAGUUCUCCUUCGAAAAUCCUUCGACUGUUCAGAAAAAUAUAAACGUUUCAAGAUCGUAUACCAGUGAUAGCGAAGCAACAAAGCCAAGACCAACGGAAAGAAAAAUCUCUUCAUCAGCUACGAUUUAUCUUCAACCUACAAGAGGUGAUAGCUAUGUGGUGGCUCGAAGAGGUGGAUAUGACCCUAUGAGCUAUGUCAGCCCAGAAGAGGAGCAACCAAGACAAUCGAAAGUCUAUUAUGCAGGGGCAUCUGAAUUCAAUGUAGGUAAAGACACAGGACUGAGAUCAAGAUCUUAUGGUAGUAUGGAAACACCAACAUCCUCUCAUUCCUCCGGGCGUGUUCCUUUCGAUGCUUUACCACCAAGCUACCGACCCUCCCCUCCCUCGUACCAAUCAAUACAACAAGCCAGAGCUUCGCUUAAUAACUCGAAUAUAUCUCCACGGAAGCCGUGGUACCAUGACAAUACUUCGGUGCAUUCAGAGCCCCUCCUUGAGUCUUCAGCACCGGCUAAUCUUCGAGCUGUGUCAGCCAGAAUCAUCGUUGAUAGACCUGUCUGUGAGAGCUGCCUUCAGGUUCCUGUUGGUCGACAGCAGCGCAUCUGUGCUGGGUGUGUCCAAGAACAUAACAGGAGACAUCGGCAGCUACAGGAUGGUACAGAUAUGCUCUAUUAAUAUCUAUUUUUAAUUAUCUAUAUUAUCUACUUAUAUAAUGAAUCUUUAAUUGGUGGAAAUACGGGAGUUGUGAGUUGUGCAGUGCAAACCUUCCUGAGAGAAAGUUUUAUUAAAAAAAGUAUUAUCACUUUUUGCUCUUGCACCUCAAAAUUGUGUCACUAAACAGCUUUCCCAAAGAAUUCACCUCUUUGGCGCUAGCCGUCACGGGGUAUAAAUUGUUUUAGAUUGUGAUACGGUCACCAAAAAGUUCGGCAUUCUCGAAUUUCCGUACGAAUGUACUGACUCUAAAUGAACUAUUUACUUGGUUAAUGUUU